AUGGUAGAUAAAGAAGACCCUUCUUUGUCAUUUUCUCAAUCAAUCGAAAGCUUUUCUCAAUCCAUCAGCAAAAACCUAACCCCCCGAAAAGUCAAAAAGCUGCUUGAAGACAGGGAAAAAGCAAAAGUUGUUAUCAAAAAUAUCAAACAUGUAAUGAAAGAGCAAGGCGAACAUAUAAAGAAGCAGCAAAACGAAUAUAAAAAAGCGAUUUCUACAUUAGAAACCCAAAGUUUCACAACCCGUUUCCACGCUGUCGCAUUUAAGCUAGAACUUGAUGCAAUGCGUCUAAUCAGUAUCAGAAGAAAAUUCGAUACGUUAGACCUCAAGUUAAAUUUUCAAAAACUUAUAAAAAAUACAGUACUCGCCAAAAGGCAAGAAGAAGCUCAAAUAAAAGCUUCCUUGUCCUUGUAUAAAUCAGCAUGCACAGGAAUUUGAUCAGUAAUAAAGAAUAAAUCGUACGAAUAUUUGUCACAAUCAUUCCAAGCUCUCCGUUUGGGGCCAAAACCAAAGGCAAGCAAAAAUUUGAAAAGUAGAUUAGAAGCGCUGAAGCAAGAAAGGAAAAAAUUGAGAUCGCAGCUUAGAGGAUCUUCAAAAGGACAAGAUGACAGCCAAGCUUUGCAAGAUUCAAUUGAAGAAAAUAAGCAGCUGAAAGAAAAGCUUACAUCAACUGAAGAAAGUGUGGCGACUUUUAUUAGAGAAAUGACCUCAUUGCUGGAAAAACAUGAGCCGCCAGGGUUUAGAAUCCCGGAUGCAGAAUCACCAAGACCAGGAUUGAAGGUGAAAAAGGGAAAAAGACCGAAAGCAAGAGUGCCUUUGAUUUCUCCUGAAAGAAAUGAGAUGGCUAGAAAACAUAAGAAUAUUAAACUACAAUUUGAUUAA